AAAAUACAACAAAAAGAAAACAAAUUAUUUACGAAUUAAAAGAAAAGUGAAAAAGAUUUUUCCAACUUAUAAACAAAGGAAAAUAUACAAUAUAGUCAACCAAAAUGCCCGUGAACAUUUUACGACCUUUUUCCUCUCCUUCCCUGAGAAGAGAUCGGGAUACCAUAAUGUUGGAAACUGAUGGUGCCAGCAAAUGCGCCGAAAUAUUUGUUACAAAUAAUGCCGACAAAUGGACAUUUUUCUGUAACUAUUGUCAAAUGGCUGCCAAUGAUAUAGGAGUUUUCAUAUGUCACAUUAGAUUGGAACAUUUAAAUGUACGGCCAGAUUCUGCCAGACAAAGCAAUAAUACCAAACGGCCUGAGGAAAUAUUUACAAAUUCUCAACAGCAGUCAGCUUUAAGUGACAUUAUUAAAGAAGAAUCAACUGUUGGCAGCAAUCAAGAGGAUUUACAAGCCAUUUCGCUGACCGAAAAUAAUGAAUCAAUGAAUCUCAUUGCUUGUAAGAAUUCCACACAAACAUCUCAAGAUCCUGGGCCAGAAAUGAACCAGUCCGUUUUUACAAUAAUACCAAUAGAUAGACAACAAACUCAAAAACAAUUAAGGUCUGAGUCUAAUACAGAAGCAAUCAACGAAUUCGAAAAGGAUGAUGAAAUAUAUGAUGAUCUUGAUAUCGAUAAUGAUGAUGCAGAUGAAGAUGAUGGUGAUGACAUGGAUUCUGAAAGUAACGAUGACAAUGAAGCCAGUGGUAGUAAGACGAAAAUAAUGAGAAAGAGUAAAUCCCUAGCGGUAGACAGUGACAUAUCGCCCGUCAAGUGUCCAUAUUGUACUAUUGUAUUCAAAACUAAACAUAGCGCUGCCGGACAUAUAAUACGUAACCAUGACAAAGAAUUGCCCAUAAAAUGUGAAAAGUGCCAAAGAGGUUUUCUCUCCACAAAUGGUUUAAAAAUACACAUAAAAUACCAUGAUGCAAAUAAGCAUAAAGAGUGUCCGGUGUGUAAAACAGAACAUUUAGAAGUCUACUUUAUUACACAUGUUCUGACGCACGAAGGCGACAAAUGCUUUCCUUGUCAGGUCUGUGGCGAAAUAUAUACCAGUUAUUACGAACGUCUAAAACAUUGGAAUACCCAUGCAAAAGAGAAACCGUUUGCUUGCAGUAUUUGUUAUCGGCGCUAUAGUAAACUACAGUAUCUAAGGCGUCAUUUGAAAAGCCACAAUCAAUAUGAAUGUAAUUUCUGUUCAUUAAAAUUUAAUUCAUCUAAAGCUCAACGAUAUCCUUAUGUUUGUACGGAAUGUGAAGAAUUGCCUGAUAUAAAGCAGAAGAUAGAACAUUUAAAUUCAUUGCUUAAUCACAAUGAUGCACUCGAUUUGGAAAAGAAUGUUAAUAUAACAUCAAAUCCUGUAGACGAAUUUCUGGUAAUCCAAGAUACACCAGAUAAGCAACCCUUAACACAAGAAGCCUUCGCAGAAAUUAAACUAAAACCGCACAGCUACAGUUCUUUUGUCGAUGACGACAAUAAUGGCUCAAAUACGAAUUUAUCUUAUGAUAAGUAUCACAGCGACAAUGAUGAUGUUUUAAAUGAAUAUGACUCAAAUUUAGCAGGUACUGAUGAUACACUUGAUAAAACCCAACCAUCAACAGUCCACAAAAAUGCAGAAUUCUUGCCAAAGAAGAAACGUAAAUAUAUCAAGAAAGAUUUAAACUCUGAAAAGCUCUUAAAAAUCCGCAAGAAUCAAAUUGGUUUUAAAUACAAGUGUCCGCAAUGUCAACGAGAAUUCCAAUCCAGAUCGACCCUAUGUCAGCACGUAAAAGCCCAUGAUAAAAAGAAUCUACUGAAAUGUCCUGUGUGUCCAAGUCGCAUUUUCGGCGAAGGUUUAUUUAUUGCACAUGUCAUGUCACACGAAAAUGACACAUGCUUUCCCUGUCAGGUGUGUGGUAAAAUAUUUGAAUUCAAUGAGGAACGUAUCACACAUUGGAAAACUCACAUCAAGGAAAGGCCAUACGAUUGUAAAAUUUGUUAUCGCCGUUUUGCCCAAAAACCUAUACUCACGCGUCACAUGAAAUCUCAUAAGCAAUAAUGUGUUCAGAUUUCAUUUCAAUUGAUCGAAAUUUGAAUAGUUGGGCGAUAUAAAAAAAGAAGGAUGUAAAACUCAAUUUAGGCAUGAUGGUCGACGGCGUAUCUUAUAGCCCACUGCAAUCACACAUAAACUGCGAUAUAGGAAGAAGCUCCUCAAGGCACUAGCCGGCAGCAAUUGGGGUAUGGACAAAGAAACUUAGCUAACUACCUACAAAACGAUUGGUCUGUCAGUGGUCAACUAUGCUGCUCCUGUGUGGUCGUCUUCAUUGAGUGAUACUCAGUGGAGAAAUAUUCACAGUCUGUCUUCAAAUUACCUCCGAACACUAAUUUGAGGAGGAAACUAAGGUUCUACCAUCAACGUUAUGUUGACGCAACAGUUACUUUUGGAAUGUCAUCCAUACUUCGACAUCACACAGUUGGAGUUUCCCUCGAGACAUGUCAGACAAGACCUACGUAAAUUCGAGGAGAGCAUACACAGAGGUAUGUACAGAACACAUUUGAUCGCAGCUCGUAUAUGACAGCUUUGAACGACAUUCAUAGAGACGCCACCAAUUCCGCGGUAACAGGAUACCAUAAGAAUGUCGUACUUGGAGGUCUCCCCAUCACCGAUAGCAGACGCCGAGAAGAUUCUUCCGCGUAAAACAAGAGUCGUUCUGGCACAACUAAGAUCAUGAUGGAGCAACAGGCUUAAUGCCUUUUGGUCCCAUAAAGACCAUGCCGUCCUCAACUAAUGCCCAGUCGAAAUAGCACAAUUCCUUGGACUUGAACAUGCAGAACCCUCUAAUUAAAUAUUGUAAAAUUUAGAUAAUAGAAAAUAGAAAUGAACCUGUUCAUAUGGAAAUAGUAUUAAAUAUAAACCGGUUCAUGUAGAAAUAGUAUGAAAUUGAACCGAUUCAAAUAGACAUGGUAUGAAAUAUUAACCGGUUCACAUAGAUAUAUUACGAAAUAUGAAACGGUUUAUUUAGAAUAGUAUGACAAAUUAAUCGGUUUAUAGGGACUAGUUAGUAACAUGAACCGGUUUAUAUAGAAUAGUAAUAAACAUGAAUCUUUUUAUAUGGAAAA